AUGUUCACAAGCUAUUGGAGCCACUUAGGUCUACAUGGAAAGAAAAAAGGUGUGACUAUUGUGAGUGAUGGCUGGAGUGAUCCUACAAGAAAACCUCUAAUCAAUUUCAUGGCUACCUCAGGUAAUGGUCCUUUGUUUCUAAAGGCAGUGAAUUGUUUUGGGGAAGUGAAAGAUAGAUUUUUUAUUGCUGAAUUGAUGAAAGAAGUCAUCAAUGAAAUUGGUCAUGAAAAUAUUGUGCAAAUCAUUACUGACAAUGCAGCAAAUUGUAAGGCGGCUGGAGAGAUUAUAGAGAGUCAGUUUCCUCACAUCUAUUGGACACCAUGUGUUGUUCAUACACUUAAUCUUGCUUUGAAGAACAUUUGUUCACCAAGGAAUGUGGAAACAAAUGAUCUAACAUAUGAACAGUGCAGCUGGAUAAAAGAAGUUCACGAAGAGGUGUUUGCAAUAAAAAAUUUAAUCAUGAACCAUAACAUGAGGCUCUCGAUUUUCACCAAGUUUACUCCUCUUAGGCUGCUUUCUGUUGCUGACACUCGCUUUGCCUCCAUCAUUGUGAUGCUUAAGAGAUUAAAACUUAUCAAAAGGGGUCUUCAAGCUAUGGUCAUAAGCGAAGAAUGGUCUUCUUAUAGAUUAGAUGACACUGAGAAAGCAAACGCUGUGAAAGAAUAUAUUUUGAAUGAUGAUUGGUGGGACAAAGUAUCAUAUAUUCUUAGUUUCACUGGACCUAUAUAUGAGAUGAUUAGAGCUUGUGACACCGACAAGCCAUGUUUACACUUGGUGUAUGAGAUGUGGGAUUCUAUGAUUGAGAAAGUGAAGAUUGAGAUCUACAAGAAAGAAAAACGUCCGACAUCUCAAAUAAGUUGUUUUUAUGACGUUGUGCAUCGUAUUUUAGUGGCUCGAUGGGCGAAGAAUAACACUCCCUUACAUUGUUUAGCUCACUCUUUACAUCCAAGGUUGUUUCCUAAUGAUGAUGAGUAUGGCAGAGUCCUUGAUGAGUAUGCAAUGUUUUCAAUGAAGAGUGGUCCUUUUGAAGAUUUAACAAGCAUUUCAAAGAUGGCUACUAUGGAACCCAAGAAUUGGUGGGUCAACUUUGGUGCUCAGACUCCUUUUCUCCAGACUUUGGCUUUUAGAUUACUUGGAAAACCUAGUUCUUCUUCUUGUGCUGAGCGUAAUUGGAGUACUUAUGCAUUUAUUCACUCGCUUAAAAGGAACAAGUUGACUACAAGUCGUGCUCAAGACUUGGUUUACAUCCACAAUAAUCUCCGACUUUUGUCAAGGACUCUGAAAGAUGAUGUAAAGAUGUGGGAUGUGGGUGGAGAUGCUUUUGAUUUAAUGGAAGAUGUCAGGUUUUUGGAGGUUGCAGAUCUCUCACUAGAUGAACCGGAUUUUGAAAAUGAUCUGAUUAUUGAUAAUUAG